CUCACCGCUAAGACUGUUAAGGACGUUUCUCCCCACGAAUUCGUUAAGGCUUAUGCUGCACACCUCAAGCGAUCUGGCAAGAUUGAGUUACUUCCCUGGACUGAUAUUGUGAAGACUGGUAGACUCAAGGAGCUUGCACCUUAUGACCCAGACUGGUAUGUUCGAGCUGCCUCCAUGGCUAGGAAGAUUUACUUGAGGGGAGGCCUUGGUGUGGGUGCCUUCCGAAGGAUUUAUGGUGGGAGCAAGAGAAAUGGAAGUCGUCCACCCCAUUUUUGCAAGAGUAGUGGUGCUAUUGCUCGUCACAUCCUUCAGCAAUUGCAGAAUAUGAAUAUUGUUGACAUUGACCCAAAGGGGGGAAGGAGAAUAACUUCAAGCGGUCAACGGGAUCUUGACCAAGUGGCUGGGCGAAUUGUGGUUGCCCCUUGAUCAAUCAAAUGUGGAGCUAUGCUAAGGAAGAGUAUUUAUUUUGUUAGGUUUUAGCUUUCUAUUUUAGAGUGCUGAAGAGAUGUUGCUACAGAAUCAGAUAACAUGUGAUGAAAUUUUUUGGGUUCAACUGUUGGUGUUUUUGAGAUAAACAUGGUUCCCACU